AUGAUGAUAUUGUGUGGUAGUUUGUGGUAUUUUCUGGGAGUAAGAAGAAGACGUCAAGGGGAGCCACCUUUGGAGAAUGGAAUGCUUCCAUAUCUUGGCUGUGCUUUACAGUUUGGGGCCAAUCCUCUCAAAUUCCUCAGGGAAAGACAAAAGAAGCAUGGUCCUACUUUCACAUGCCAAUUGGCUGGAAAAUAUGUUCAUUUCCUUACAGAUCCUUUCUCCUAUCAUGCAGUGAUGCAACAAGGAAGAAACUUGGACUGGAAAAAAUUCCAUUUUGCAACUUCAGCAAAGGCCUUUGGACACGCAAGCAUUGAUCCAAGCGAUGGAUUCACUACUGAGAAUAUGCACCAUACCAUCAUAAGAAAAUUGCAGGGUAAUGCCUUAACAUUUCUCAGUGAAACUAUGAUGGAGAACCUGCAUUAUGUCAUGGUGGAGUCAAGUGCAGAAAAAAUGAAUCUCAAUGACUGGGUCACUGAUAAGCUUUAUGAAUUCUGCUAUCGUGUGAUGUUUGAAUCUGGGUUUUUAACACUUUUUGGUACAGAAUUUAAUACACAUCAUGAGAAGGUCCUUGCUUCUAGUCAACAAGCCCAGAGAGCACGUAUCCUCAGUACCCUAGAGAACUUCAAGGAAUUUGACCAAAUCUUCCCAGCUCUUGUAGCUGGUCUUCCAAUCCAUCUAUUUAAAAAUGCCUACAGUGCACGAGAGAAGCUAGCUGAGGCUCUGCUCCAUGAGAACCUUAAAAAAAGAGAAAACAUUUCUGAACUCAUUUCUCUCCGUAUGUACUUGAAUGAUACAUUGUCCACCUUUGAUGAUAUGGAUAAAGCAAAGACACAUCUUGCAAUCCUGUGGGCAUCGCAAGCUAACACAAUACCUGCUACAUUUUGGAGUUCAUUCUAUCUUAUUAGGAAUCCCAGUGCAAUGAAAGCAGCUACAAAAGAGGCUGAAAGAGUGCUAAAAGAUGCUGGUGAAAAGAUCUGUUCAAGCAGGAAGCCCAUUUGGUUGAAUCAAAAACAACUAGAUGACAUGCCUAUAUUAGAUAGCAUUAUAAAAGAAGCACUAAGACUCUCCAGUGCAUCCAUGACAGUCCGAGUUGCAAAGAAAGAUUUCAUUUUGCAAUUGGGCAGCGAUUCCUACAAUAUCCGCAAAGACGACAUCAUAGCUGUUUAUCCCCAGCUGUUGCAUCUUGAUCCCGAAAUUUAUCCUGAUCCACUGACAUUCAAAUUUGAUCGUUAUCUUGGAGAAAAUGGAGAAGAAAAAACUUUCUAUCGUAAUGGUUGCAAACUAAAAUAUUAUUAUAUGCCAUUUGGAACGGGAUUGGCAAAAUGCCCUGGAAGAUGGUUUGCUAUUAAUGAAAUCAAACAAUUUCUGACUUUCUUGCUUUUCUAUUUUGAAGUGGAACUAAUUGACAAGAAUGUAAAAUGCCCUUCUUUGGAUCAAUCGCGAGCUGGACUUGGUGUUUUGCAGCCUUCAAAUGAUAUAGAGUUCAAGUACAGAUUAAAACUUCCAUGAACAUAAAGAGAACUAUUAUAUCUUAGCAUCAGUCCUCCAAAGAGGUAGAAAUAUCCAUCAAGUAAGGGUAUUUCAAUAUACUAGAAAAAAAUGAGACAGUUUGGAGAAACUGCUAUCAUUGUUUUAUAUGGUUGUACAGGAAAUAUUUCCCAAUGUAAAUCAGAUUUCUGGACUGAUGCUUGUGAGCGCUAGAGCUACUUCAGUCCACUAAAAGUGCUUGUAUUGGUUUUGAGACCAGAUCAGAGUAAAGGGAAAAGAUGAAAGAAUGGUUGACCGUUCGUAACCCCAAAGCCUUCCAGAUUGAAGUUAGAGACAAGAUUUCUUCACCACAUUUUGAAAAGCAGUGGAACAAUCUUGCACCAUGC